CUCCACAGAUUAAAUUCAGCAAGUGGGCAAAGAAUCGACGCACGCCGCCAUAUCUUCUUCCUCGUGCUUCUAUUGUUCAGUCAUGCCGUUCGCCUGUUGUUGAGAUUCCAACAGAAGAUAUGGGUUCGCCGGAUUCCGGCAGAUUCUCCGGCCAGAGGUCCAAUUUCUCACACACUUGUGCCCUCUUCAGCCAAUACCUCAAGCAAAACGGCUCUUUCGCCGCCGCCGCCGCCGCCGCAGAUCUCACGCUGGGAACGCCCGCAACGAUGAAUCUGAUUCCAAUGAUUGAGAAAUCCGCCCCAAAUUCGAAUCUCGUCCCCUUGAACUUGUUCCCUGCCGAAAAGAUCGACCCGAGUGUGGGAGAGGCACAUGGAGAAAGGGUUGUUAAAGAAAUGACAAUACUCUAUGAUGGUCAAGUGAUGGUGUUCAAAGAUUUUCCAGCUGAGAAAGCUAAGGAAAUUAUUGCUUUGGCUAUGAACACCCAAACCCCAAACAUCUCACCUUGUACUGAUGAUGCCGGUCCUGUUUCUGGUUUCCAAAACCAGACACCUUAUUCUCAUUUGCCCAUUGCUAGGAGGACUUCCCUUGCCAGGUUCUUGGAGAAGAGAAAGAACAGGAUUAGUUCCAAAGCACCAUACCAGAAAGACAACUCUGUGGGAACUUAUUCAAAGCAAGAAGAGAACAAGGCAUGGCUGGGGCUGGCUGCCCAGUUUCCACUCAAAAACUGAAGCUUUGCUCUGGUGUUUUUUUUUUGUUUCAUCAUUGAUGCCAAUGUCCUAAGAGCUAAGAUUUUGAAUAUUUAGGGCAUUUCAAUUGUUUAAUGACACUAUCAUUUUUUUAUACAUGAAAAAUGUUAUGGUGUUUAGUUAUGAUCAUUUAAUUGUCCAAAAUUAGAAUGUUUAACCAAUUCACAGCCCUAAGAGCACCUCCAUUAAUAAUUUGGAUGAAUGGAU